AUGACUUUUCUGGCUUUUGGUAAUCAUACCGUUCAUAAUUUACUCCAUUCUCCUUAUUUUACUUUCAAAAGAGUGCUUUUGCGUGAGGAACACCAUAAGGACAAAGAACUAUUGCAUUUGUUAGAAAAGAAGCAAAUACCUUUUCAAUUAUUAAAUAAAGAACAAUUUUCCCGUUACAACCCUGAUAAAAAAAGUCAAGGAGUAGUUGCUUUUAUUCGUAGUUAUGAUUAUGUGACACUAUCUUCUUUAUUAUCUUACCAACCACAGCGAAAAUUUCCCUUAAUUGUUAUGCUUGACUCCAUUGAGGACCCUCAUAAUUUUGGGGCGAUUUUGCGAACUUGUGCCGCUCUGGCGGUUGAUGGGGUAAUUAUUGCCAGUAAAAAUCAAGUUCCUGUCAAUAGCACUGUAAUUAAAGUUUCGGUAGGUGGGAUAGCCCACGUUCCAGUUUGUCAAGUUGCUAGUUUGUCCGAUGCAGUCAAUGAAUUAAAAAAAAGAGACUACAAAAUUAUUUCGACUAUUUGUGAACCCGGAGCCGAAGAAUAUAACAAAUUUAGUUUUGAUUUCCCCACCUGUUUAAUUUUUGGCAACGAACAUGAAGGGAUUAGAAAAAGUUUAAUUAAAAAAAGUGACUAUUCUCUUUACAUCUCUAUGAGUAAUAAUAUUGGAUCCUUAAAUGUUUCAGUCAGUUGUGGCAUUAUUUUAGCAGGAGUAGUUUCCCAGUGA